GCAACUAGGGGGCGCGGGGCUUAGGUGCGGGAGCCUGCGUGAGGCGGACGCCGGGCACCUUGCAGCCAGGCGCCAGCACCCGCAGGUCCACCCUGCUGCGUCACCGCGACCGGAAGCGCUCGGGCUGGGAACAUGGCGGCGUCCUCCGGCGGCUUGGGUGGCGGUGCGGGCCCGGGGCCCGAGACCGGGGACUUCCUGGCCAGGUACCGGCAGGUGUCUAACAAGCUGAAGAAGCGGUUCCUGCGGAAGCCGAACGUGGCGGAGGCCGGCGAGCAGUUCGCCCAGCUGGGCCGCGAGCUGCGCGCCCAGGAGUGCCUGCCCUACGCGGCCUGGUGCCAGUUGGCCGUGGCGCGCUGCCACCAGGCGCUGUUCCACGGGCCGGGGGAGGCCCUGGCGCUCACCGAGGCCGCCCGCCUCUUCCUGCAGCAGGAGCUCGACGCGCGCCAGCGCCUCGCCUGCCCCGCCGCCUACGGGGAGCCCCUGCAGGCGGCCGCCAGCGCCCUGGGCGCCGCCGUGCGCCUGCACCUCGAGCUGGGCCAGCCGGCCGCCGCCGCCGCCCUCUGCCUGGAGCUGGCCGCCGCCCUGCGCGACCUGGGCCAGCCGGCCGCCGCCGCCGGCCACUUCCAGCGCGCCGCCCAGCUGCAGCUGUCGCAGCUGCCCCUGGCCGCGCUGCAGGCGCUGGGGGACGCCGCCUCCUGCCAGCUGCUGGCGCGCGACUACAACGGCGCCCUGGCCAUCUUCACCCGCAUGCAGCGCCUGGCGCAGGAGCACGGCAGCCACCCGGUGCAGCCGCCGCCGCCGCCGCUCCCGCCGCAGCCGCAGUCGCAGGUACAGUCGCAGCCGCUAGGCCUCCAGCAUGGACCCGGCGCGGCCCCCGCCCCGACCGCCGCGCUGCCUCCUCCCAACGCCGGCUCUGCGGCCGCGCCCUCCCCCGCGGUGCUGGGCGCCUUCUCGGACAUCCUGGUCCGGUGCGAGGUGUCCCGCGUGCUGCUGCUGCUGCUGCUGCAGCCCCCGCCCGCCAAGCUGCUCCCGGAGCACGCCCACACCCUGGAGAAGUACUCCUGGGAGGCGUUCGACAGCCAGGGCCAGGAGAGCAGCGGCCAGCUCCCCGAAGACCUCUUCCUGCUGCUGCAGUCGCUGGUCAUGGCCACCCACGAGAAGGACACGGAAGCCGUCAAGGCGCUGCAGGUGGAGCUGUGGCCGCUGCUGAGCGCCGAGCAGAACCACCUGCUUCACCUCGUGCUGCAAGAAACCAUCUCCCCCUCGGGACAGGGGAUCGGAUGACUCACAUUAGCCUGGUGACUUUGCCUGCGGCCAGACCGCGGGCACCGCCUUGGCAUUUGGAGGGAAAUAAAAGUUAAUUGAUCACA